GGCGCUACCUUCUUCUGACUAUAAAUCUUUAAUACAUAAUCAUGUUCUGUAGUUAGUUGUUGCUACCAUUGUUCCGGUAGUAAGCAAAGCAAAAAAAACUGAGCAAGUCACAGAAAUAGUUUUUCUCUAGAGAGAUGAGGUUACUUAUUUAUAAUAUGCUAUCGUCCAACAUCAAAGGAGUAACCUGCAGGUUAUCUCUCUAUAUCAAAGUGGAACAAGUUGUAGAAAAAAAAAUUGAUUUCAAUGCCGGUUUUCUCAGGAACAUGUUUCCCAAAAUCGAUUGGAAGACACUAGUUGGAGCGGAGCGAAAUAUGGGUUAUCGGGAACUUUCGGAGGAGGCACUCGAGUCUUCAGAGCUCGAAUCAUACAAACUCUUGAGGAAGUUUCAUCAUGCACUUCUGGAGCUCCACCUGGAGGAGGGUGCUAUGGUUUAUCCCGAAACUAGAAGGAAAUUUUCUAUAAGUAAGGGGAUUCCUAAUAUGAUUCUUCAUGAAGACGAGGUUUUAGGAAGAUUGUUACCCAGUUUUCUUGUUGGGUUCAAUGAUAACUAG